AUGCGAAAGAGCUCCAUGAGGACUCUCUUCACUCUUGCUGCUGGACGCUGUCCUCUUGUCUACAGUGGAAUGGCCUCGCGACCAGUACUAAUAAUUAGGGGUGGGAGUGGUGCAGUGGCAAAGAGCACCGCUCAACAAUGUUCGGGAUUCCACCGUGCAGACUGCAUAAGUUUUGAAAUGGCGAAGUCUUCAGCUGAUCGUGGAGCAAUCAUCAGCUUGUACCGCCAAGAUCCAUUCGAGUUUGAUCUGUACGAUGAGCCCACAAACGAUUCCGAGGACGCAUUCAAUCGCAUGGCAACGUUGUGUGCACGACUUCAGAAGCGGACGACGUUUCCAAGGGAUCGGAAAGCGUCACCGUUAGUGUUCCGUCUGUGCGACAUGCUAAACUAA